AUGAACGGUACAACGAUAGUGACUGUGAUGUUUGAUAAAUUAGUCACCUCUGAUGAUGAUCAACUAAAUGUGCCGGAAUAUACGCCUACGCCUUCGUCUGCAGUAAAUACUGAAAGUAUAAUUGCAGAAGAAAAUGAAUUAAAUGAUAUUGAUAAUGAACUUGAUUUGGGUAAUUUAAAUUCAGGAUCGCGUCAGCCAAUAUUAAAGGAGUAUCCUAAGACAAAAUUUGGAAGUCAAAAUCGAGGAUUUACACCUUCUUACUUUAGUGAGUUUAAUUGGCUUGAAUAUAGUGUUAGAAAAGAUAGCGUGUUUUGUUUUCCAUGCCGUAUUUUUGGAACUGCUCAUCUAACGGAAAAUACAUUUACUGUAAUAGGAUUUAAGAACUGGAAAAAAGUAAGUUUCACAACUAUUCUUAUUAAGAUUCUAAUUAGUCUAAAGUUGAAGUACCUAUGUAUUUAAAACAUAAAAAAUAACUUUUUUUUGUUUUUCUCGCCGCAUUUGAAUGUUUUUGGGAAUUUUCACUUUUCACCUCUUCAAGGUACCUCCGAUAUCAGACUUGCUACCGAAAACACAUCAUGGGGUUCAAAAUUGAAGAAUUAUUUUGAAUAGUUAUAGUGUACACAGGCACAAAAAAAAAAAAAA